AAGAAAUGAAUCCGUUAACUCGUCGGAAGGAAAAAGUUUGUCUCGUUCGUCCUCAAUAUCUUCUAUAAGAGAUGAAAAAUGGCCCAUACUUGUAGUAGCAAGAGGAAGGCCAGGCAGUGAUAAGUCAAAGAAACGAAGAAGACCUGCAGAUUAAUCUGAAAGGAACAAUCCAAAUUUAAAUUAAAAUGAUUAGCCUCUGGAAUUCAGCACGAACAUCUGCUUGUAAGCAUUGUGUAUUGAUCCACUUCCUCAGUGCCAUCUGGAGGGGGAAGCUAACUGUGGCAGAAAAUCAAUAGCUACACUGUGUGCAUUCUGGGAGUUUGCCAGAGUGAGGAAUUGUGACUCACGUAAAGCUGUGUGGUAUUCCACAUGUUCCUCUUGAAUUUGUAAACUGACAUGUGACAUAACAUUGUCUGUAAUCCAAUUUUUAUUAACCACAUCUGUGCCCUGAUCAGAUUACAUAUGUAGCCAUUUUAUGUCUGUCAGUUAUGAAAACUGGAAAUUUGUAGCUAUUGCACAGUAGUGUAGUCUAGUGAUUCAUGUAGUGAUGUGUGUAAUGUGAUGCACACUGUUAUGGUAGGUAAGGGUGCUUCAUACAUAAUUAGCAUUCUCCAGUGAACGAGUGGGAGUGCUUACUGUGCAAUCAUGAUAGACCAGGACAUGGCUGGUGCCCAGGACACCAUCUACCUUUGCAACUUUCGUGUUUCUGUGGAUGGCGAGUGGCUGUGCCUCAAAGAGCUUCAGGAUGUUGAAUUCAGCGUUCCUGAUUCUUCCCAACCAUCUACUCCUUCUCCUGAUGGUCCUUUACCUCUCCUAGCACGAGAUCCUGUUAUGAUUGAAAGAAGCAACUUGUUGAACAUAUCAAAACUAAUUGUCAAAGAAUUGAUUGAAACAUCACUUAAAUAUGGAAGAAUGCUUGACUCUGAUCAUAUGCCUCUUCAACACUUUUUCAUUGUGUUAGAACAUGUAUUAAGGCAUGGGCUGAAGCCAAAGAAGGGCCUCCUUGGACCAAAGAAAGAGCUCUGGGAUGUUUUGCAGUGCGUUGAAAAAUAUACUGUGGAAGCACAGGAUAUUACAUCAAGUGUACGAGAUCUUCCUACUGUUAGGACACAUAUGGGAAGAGCUCGUGCUUGGCUGCGAUUAGCCUUAAUGCAGAAGAAACUUGCAGAUUAUUUGAAAAUUCUCAUAGACCACAAAGAUGAUCUGCUGUCUGAAUAUUUUGAGCCUGACGCUUUGAUGAUGAGUGAAGAAGCCAUUGUUAUUAUUGGUCUGCUUGUGGGGCUGAAUGUUAUAGACUGCAAUUUAUGCGUGAAGGAAGAGGACUUAGAUUGUCAGCAAGGUGUGAUAGAUUUUUCAUUGUACCUGCGUUCCUCAAAUCACACACCUGAGGGUUCUCCAGAAGAUGAGCUGGACCAAGACAACAUGACUACAGUUCUUGAUCAGAAAAAUUACAUAGAAGAGCUUAAUAGGCAUCUUAAUGCCACAGUAACAAAUCUUCAGGCAAAAGUUGAAGCAUUAACAACAACAAAUGCAUUGAUGAAGGAAGAUCUUGCUAUUGCAAAAAACAACCUCUUAACACUGUAUGAGGAAAAUGAAAAUCUUAAGAAAGAGCUUGGACUUGAUUCCAACUCGGAGCGAAUGGACGAAGGAGGAGGAGAACAAAAUCUGCCAGCUCAAAAUAAGAAGACCGAACAGUCUGCAGAAGUGGAAGAUCUGAAACAGCAACUGGAAAAUGAGAGAAAAUUGAGGCAGGAGGCUGAAAAGGAACUGAAUUUACAGAUAAGCUUGAAAGCUGAAAUGGAAGUUGCAAUGAAGCUUCUAGAAAAAGAUAUACAUGAGAAGCAGGAUACUAUAGUUUCUCUACGUAGGCAGCUGGAUGAUAUUAAACUUAUUAACCUGGAAAUGUAUAAGAAGUUGCAGGAGUGUGAAAGCUCACUUAAACACAAAACUGAACUAAAGAACAAGUUGGAAGCAAAGAACGUAGCCAUGUCUGAAACAAUACAAACGAUGGAGGAAAACAUGAAGAGGACUGAACAAGAGAAAAACAGUGCUGAAGAAUCCCUGCGUAAACUGGGACAGCAGCUAAUGGAGAAGGACGUUAAGACAAUGAGUGUUGAAGGAGAUCUAAAAAUUGAAAGGGAAUGGCGAACAUCUCUUCAAGAAACUAUGGUUAAGGACAGAGAUAAGAUCUCGCAAUUGAAUCAGGAACUUGCACAGCUGAGAGCUGUUGCUUCUAAGCAUAUGGCUCUGCAACAAGAGCAUUACUCACUCCAGGAACAGUGUCGUGAACAUGAAUUAGCUUUGGAAGAAAUUGGAGGAGAACUACGGCGUGCUAAGCUCCAACUUGAUGAACUGCGUGAAGAAGCAGCAGUAGGAGCAGGACUGGGGCGUGCACCGGAUGCAACCUGGGCACCCGACAAAGAAGCGACUUCCUGUCGUGCCUGCUCUCGAGAAUUUAGCAUCAAACGUCGUAAGCAUCACUGCCGUAACUGUGGAGAAAUUUUUUGUAACAAGUGCUCAGAUAAUGCAAUGAUGCUACCCUCUUCAGCAAAGCCUGUGCGAGUAUGUGAUGAAUGCCAUGUCUACCUUGUUGGACGCUAUUCGGUGUGUAACUGAGGACCAGAUACGUAGCCAUUGCUAUGUACAUAAUAUGUAUUGCUUCUAAAGGAGCUUUAUGUAUAUACAUAUAUAUAUGAAUUAUAGAUUAUUUGAAGAGUUACAUUAAGGAGGUUAUAGUGUCUGUUAUAACUGUGAUAUAUUUUGUGAAAUUAUUUAUAAGAAUAAGCAGAUUUAUUUUUGCCACUCUUGUCAAUGUUAUAAUAAAAACAAUGUGUUCUGUAAUAUAAAUUGUCAAAUGUACAUUUCAUCAGUGAAACUGAUACUGUUUGCUUAGCACAACGAAAAUCUUAUUUUGUAUGAAAUGUAUAUUUUAGAGUGAACAAAAGUAAGGAUGACAAAAAAAAUUUAUCACAAAAAAUGUAUGUAUGCUGUAAUAUAUUUAAAC